AUGGCUGCUGACCAAGCUAAAGACCGCGGUAAUCGCGCCUUCUCUGCGGGCCUCUACACCGAUGCAGUAGCUUGUUUCUCCGAGGCGUUAGCCAUUGCCCCCUCCGCUUCCAACGCUCAUGUUUUCUAUAGCAAUCGCUCAGCCGCACAGCUCAAGCUUCACAAGGCUGAGGAGGCACUCAAGGACGCAGACCAGUGUAUCUCGCUCAAACCCAACUGGCCCAAGGGAUACUCACGUCGUGGUUCUGCUCUGUACGCUCUGCAUCGUUAUGCUGACGCUUAUCGAGCCUACAAAGACGGUCUAAAUUAUGAAGCAUCAAACGAGGGGCUUCUCGAAGGUUUACGAUCCGUGGAAGCCAAAUUAUCGACACAAGGAGCUGGCACUUCAUAUGGAGCGUCUACUUCGACUUCUUCACCGCCUUCUGCAGCAGCUACUUUGCAAAGUUUUCUGCUUGGUAGCAAGAUAAAUAUGUUUCAGUUGUACCAGUUCGUGCUGCGCAGUCUCUUACUGCUUUGCUUUGUCAACUUUUGGAUUCCUGUUCUACUGUCGAGCUAUGGGGCGUAUACCAACUUUCUCAAGCUGGCAUUGAUCAACCACGCCAGCUACUUGGCCUUCACUCACGGAGUCCCUAGGUGGAGUGCUGUCUAUGCACAGCGGCUCAUGCUGGACCCUGCAGUGCAGGUUUUUUUCUUCUGUUUCGUGUUUUGGUUCUCGGAUCCACAUGGUAUGGCAAUGAUCCCGGUCUUCUUGCUGGAAAUGGUGCACUAUUUUGCAUACUUGCAUUCGCUCCUACAAGUGCUGGGACUGGCAGACUCGAUGGUGGUGACACUUGUGACAAGCAAGGUACUCGUGCCUCUCACUUCCGUAAUCAUCACUGACCCCAGCUUUUCAACACUGACGACUCGUGCCAAGUGGGCCAAAUUGUACACUCGCAUGCCUCAAGUGGCGGCAAAUGUUGAUGUGGCGAUAGGCAUCGCGUUGCUUUUGGAGAUGCUCCUACCCUCGCGGAACUUCCUGCUGCUUGUGUUGUACUGGCAGGUGCUGCGUAUCCGCUACAUGGUCUCGCCACAGCUUCAAGAGGCCUUCCGCUCGUUACACGGCACAAUUCUCACGCUUGUCAACCACCCGCGCUGUCCUGCUGUAUUCAGCGUUGUCUAUGGGAAGAUCCACGCAUUUGCCGUCAAGAUGAGCGACGCGGCUCAGCAGCAACAAGGUUCGUCUGGCGCUGGUGGCCUGGCCUCGCGCUGCAGUAUCAUGUAG